AUGGGCACGCUAAACCAGACAAGAGUGACUGAAUUUGUCCUCUUGGGACUCACUGAUAAUUGGGUGUUAGAGAUACUGAUUUUCAUAGUGUUUUCAGACACUUAUGUGCUGACCCUUCUUGGGAACAUUCUCAUCAUUGUCACCAUAGUCUUUACUCCACGUCUUCACACCCCCAUGUACUUUUUCCUGAGCAAUCUGUCCUUUAUUGACAUCUGCCAUUCAUCUGUCACCGUGCCCAAGAUGCUGGAGGGUUUGCUUUCAGAGAGAAAGACCAUUUCCUUCGACAACUGUAUUGCACAGCUCUUCUUCCUAUAUCUCUUUGCUUGUGCUGAGAUCUUCCUGCUGACGAUUAUGGCGUAUGAUCGUUACAUAGCUAUCUGCACUCCACUGCACUAUCCCAAUGCAAUGAACAUGAGAGUCUGUGUGCAGCUUGUCUUGGCUCUCUGGUUGGGGGGUACUGUCCAUUCACUAGUGCAGACCUUCUUGACCAUUCGGCUACCCUACUGUGGCCCUAAUGUUAUUGAUAGCUACUUCUGUGAUGUGCCUCCUGUCAUCAAGCUAGCCUGCACAGAUACGUACCUCACAGGAAUGCUGAUUGUGUCCAAUAGUGGAACCAUCUCGCUCACUUGUUUCCUGGCCUUGAUCACUUCCUAUACCAUCAUUCUAGUUUCUCUGCGAAAACAGUCAGCUGAAGGGCGCAGGAAAGCCCUGUCUACCUGCUCAGCCCAUUUCAUGGUGGUUGCCCUCUUCUUUGGGCCGUGUAUCUUCAUCUACACUCGUCCAGACACCAGCUUCUCCACUGACAAGGUGGUGUCUGUUUUCUACACAGUGGUCACGCCUUUGCUGAAUCCUCUCAUUUACACCUUGAGGAACAAGGAAGUGAAAUGUGCCAUGAAACAGCUCAGGCACAGACAAAUUUUUUCAUAAAAUCAA